CUCGCCGACUAAACGCGUUCACGCCACGUGUCACGGCUUCGUGGUUAUCAACUGUUUGAGCUGAAUGUUUAAUUCGUAACGAAUGAACUUUGUCAUCUAACGUUACCUAGAAAUAACGCCGGGUUGCACCAUUUAAGUGGAUAACAUUUAACGUCGGAAAAUCUCCUUUAAAUAGUCUUGUGUUUGGAAGAGCGACGCGCCGAACGCAAUGACCGGCCCGUGUUACUGGAGAGGUGGAUAAAGAAACGUGUCGAAUGAAACACGUCUGUCAACGAGUAAAAUCAUUUAAAAUAUGUAGUUUUCCGAAUGCAGCUUGGUAAUGAAAUGUGCCGUAACAAGGGUGGAGGGAAUUCCACGUGGGCUGAAACGUGCACCGGAAGCGACCGCAGGGGGGCGGAAGAGAGCACGCGGGCCGUCACUCAAUAACUGGUCAUCGAUGCUACAGGUCUCCACCAUCUUCAGCAUCCACAAUGAUCACUCCUGCCUUCGACCUGAGCCAGGAUCCCGACUUCCUGAUCCUCAGCCUCCGUGUUCCCUACACCAGAACGUCAGAGUUCGACCUUUACAUCGAUGGAACAGAUUUCAAGUUCUUCGCCAAGCCCUACUUCCUCAGAUUGUCUCUUCCUGGCAGAAUAGUGGAAGAUGGGAGGGAAACGGCCAAGUUUGACAUUGAUGCUGGUCUCGUCACUCUCCGGGUCCCAAAGGAAACAGCUGGAGAGCACUUUGAAGGGCUCCAGAUGCUGACGAGUCUCCUCGCCCCCAAAGGCGCCCGCUCAGCAAAACCACUGAUCGAGGACCUGAGCGCAGGAGGCGGCGAGGGCGCCGGAGGUAACGAGGACGACGACGACGACUUUGACUGGCAGAUGGAGCAGGAGGUGCACAGGGAGCGCUCCGAGGAGGAGCUGGGCGCUCUGCAGAAGUACGGCUUUGGCAACCAGAGGUGUGGAGUGUUUGCCAGAUUACAGGAGGAGCUGAGCGACGUGAUCGACCUGAAGAACCCAGAGGGAGCGACGGCCGACGAGAGGAGGCGAGGGCGGCUCGACGCAGAGGUGUCCGCCUUCUCCCCCGACCAUUACCUGGCCGAUUUGUUUGAGGAUGCUGAGAUAAAGGAGCUGCUGAAGUUCAGGCCGUGGUGGGAUAAGCUGAGUCCCACAGAGCAGGGCGGGCAAGCGGCGGUUUCUUUCACCGAUGACGAGAAGGAGCAGCUGAGGAAGUUCACCAACCGCUCGUACCUGCUGGACAAGGCGUCCCGUCACCAAGCGUGGCUCAGCCUUGUGGACAUCCUGCUGGCCUACUGCUACGAAGCGCGCUCCACGGAGGGCGAGCACAACGUCGAGUCCCCGUGGACCAUCAGAAAACUCAGUGGGACUCUCUGCUGGCUGGAGACUUACAGCUCGCUGCACGACGUCCUGCUGUCGUUUGCACGGAGGGUCCUGUGCUACCCGCUCUACAGACACUUCGCACUGGCGUCCGCGGCUGUCCGGGACGCAACUAAGAUUCUGCAGACAGGGAAGGCCGGCGUCCUCAGGUGCCUGCUGGAUAUCCACAGAGUGUUCCGGGAGAACGACCCGGCCUACAUCCUGAACGACCUGUACAUCACCGACUACUGCGUCUGGAUCCAGAGGGUCAAGUCCAAGAAGACGUCAGCCCUUGCCGAAGACGUUACAGCACGCCUGCCUGCGAUAUAAUAUUCGGGGCUGGAUCUGGAGGAGCUCGAGGAGGCGGCAACUAUCGUGGCCGAGGAAGAGGAGGAGGAGGAAGAAGAAGAUGGAGCAGCCUCCGACUGCGAUCCGAUAUCCCACAGCAGCAGCAGCAGUGGUGACUCGUCUGGCGAGAGCGAGGAAUCAGAGGCUGAAGGGCAAAGCUGCACCGAAUCCAAGGAGGGAGGGGGCGGAGCAGAAGGAGGGGGGACGUCUAAGGACAACCCUCCGCAGCCCCCACCCGCCCUGGCUGCAUCCCCCGUCCCCCGGGCGCCCGCGAGCACCCUCCCCUCUGCCUCACAGGGCUCCCGCCUGCUGAUCCAGGAGCUGGGGGAGCAGAUGCAGGAGGAGCUGAGGAUCUCCAGCCGCCACGGAGCAGAGAGAACGUCGGGGAGCGUCGGCGGCACUUUGUUGGAGCCGAGCAGAAACCCGCUGCUCAUCGUGGCAACGCGGGAGGAGAGCGACGUGGUCCUCUGAGAGGCGCCGCGGUGGAUCCGCAAAGACCGCCGACUGUUGACUCUGUGUAUCUUGAUCUAAAGGACCUCAUUGUCUAUAAAGAAGGAUACUAUGAAUGUUCUCAACCGCUUACUUCAUUUUGUUGUGGUUGCCGUCUUCUGCCUCAUGUGUUAUCUGACUUUCGUGCUACUGGGAGAGACGUCCUCUGCAAAUAUAUUUUUCCCUCACUGAA